AUCAUCAUCACUUUCGUUCUUCUUGUACACCUCCGACAUAAAUCUUAGUACUCCAUAAUGGGUUCUCUUCCUCAGACAAUGUCUGAUACCAUCCCAGAUGCCUGGGAUUUCAAGGGUCGUCCUGCAUUUAGAUCCAAAACUGGUGGUUGGACUUCAGCCGCCAUGAUUCUAGGUGGAGAGGCAUGCGAGAGGUUGACAACGCUGGGGAUUGCUGUGAAUUUGGUGACAUAUUUGACGGGAACGAUGCAUUUGGGAAAUGCUUCAUCUGCUAACAUAGUCACCAACUUCAUGGGAACCUCUUUCAUGUUGUGUCUGCUCGGUGGUUUUGUGGCCGACACAUUUCUCGGCAGAUACCUCACAAUCGCCAUUUUCGCAACUGUCCAAGCAACUGGUGUUACAAUCUUGGCGAUAUCAACAGCAAUCCCAAGUCUACAUCCUCCAAAAUGCAACCCAAACACAGAUGCCUCAUCAUGUGUCCCAGCCAAUGACAUGCAAUUGACGGUUCUCUAUUUAGCUCUCUACGUCACCGCCCUCGGAACUGGUGGUCUGAAGUCAAGCGUAUCCGGGUUCGGGUCGGACCAGUUCGACGACGCAGACAAAGCGGAGAAGAAGCAGAUGCUAAAGUUCUUCAACUGGUUCUUCUUCUUCAUAAGCAUAGGAUCGCUGGCCGCAGUGACGGUUCUUGUUUACAUUCAAGACAACGUCGGAAGAGAAUGGGGAUAUGGGAUUUGUGCUUCCGCCAUCGUGAUUGCUCUUCUCGUGUUCUUGUCGGGAACUAGGAAGUACCGGUUCAAGAAACUGGUGGGUAGUCCGUUAACCCAGAUCGCGACUGUGUUCGUCGCAGCUUGGAGGAAGAGACACAUGGAGUUGCCGUCGGAGCCGUCGUUGCUGUUUAAUUUGGAUGAUAUUGCAGACGACGGAGAGAGGAAGAGGAAGCAGAGGUUGCCUCAUAGCAAAGAGUUCCGCUUCUUGGAUAAGGCAGCAAUAAAGAACCCAGAAAUGCCUGCAGAAUCAACGAGAGAGAGAAAGUGGUAUCUAUUAACCCUAACUGAUGUUGAAGAAGUAAAACUUAUAAUUAGAAUGUUACCCAUAUGGGCCACUACCAUCAUCUUUUGGACAGUCUACGCACAAAUGACCACCUUCUCAGUGUCACAAGCAACCACGAUGGACCUCCAUGUCGGAAAAUCCUUCAAGAUUCCGCCGGCUUCACUCACCGUCUUCUUUGUCGGAAGCAUCCUCUUGACGGUCCCAAUCUACGACAAAAUCGUAGUCCCUAUUACCAGAAAACUCCUCAAGAACCCUCAAGGAAUGACCCCAUUGCAACGCAUUGGGGUCGGUUUGGUGCUUUCAACUCUGGCCAUGGUCGCAGCAGCACUCACAGAGAUCAAAAGGCUAAGAUCCGGAAAAUCAAACGGGUUGACAAAUAACCCGAAUGCCCAGAUUCCGUUAAGUGUUUUCUGGUUGAUACCUCAGUUUCUGCUAGUAGGGUCAGGGGAGGCAUUUACGUACAUAGGACAGUUAGAUUUUUUCCUAAGAGAAUGUCCGAAAGGAAUGAAGACGAUGAGCACAGGGCUGUUCUUAAGCACACUGUCAUUAGGGUUUUUUGGGAGCUCACUGUUGGUGACGAUAGUUCACAAGCUGACAGGUCACGCGAAGCCAUGGCUAGCUGAUAAUCUGAACCAAGGGAAGCUCUAUAACUUCUAUUGGCUUUUGGCUAUUUUGAGUGCUUUGAAUUUUGUGAUAUACUUGUUUUGUGCACAAGGGUAUGUGUACAAGGAAAAGAGGCUCGCUGAGGAAGGCAUAGAAUUGGAAGAGCAAGAUGCUUCGUGUCAUGCCUAGAAUGAAUAAUGAGUCCGAAUUCUGCACUUCGUGCUUUUCUUUUUUGGAUUUAAUUUGCACUUUUUAAGUGUAUCUUGUUGAUCAAUGUGUUGAGCAAUUUUAAAUCUCAGCGGGAUGCGAAGCAUUGCGUGUGUAUCAGUAAAAUGACAGCACCUUUUUGUAUUAAGAGGAGGCAUGAUCUUCUUCACAGAGUGUUUGAUCAUCACACGAACAGCUGAGAUCAAAUUUAGGAAUGAAACAACGUUAUUGUCUUAUUGAUUCAUGCACGUGGGGUGCUCGGAAUCUGAAAGCAAGGUUGUCGAUACCUAAUAAAGGGUCUGCAUAAUGUACAGUGCAUGUAUCAUUUUUUUUUUUUUGGCCUGAGCAUAUAUCAUUUGAAAAUACCAAGUUACUAUAUAGAAGAAAUUAAUGGUUGCUUUCCGUCAUCAAA